CACAGGAACCACUUUCAAAAGCCAUAAAAAUAAAAUCUAUAGAUGGGAAGGAGAUGGUGGCUUUGGAUGUGUUUUCAGCGGCCAUUAAAUUCCUGAGGCGUCACCUAUUACAUACUCUAGAACAACGAGCCGCAGGGAUAAGAGAAACUGAUAUAGGUUGGGUCUUAACAGUACCUGCUAUCUGGGACGAUCUUGCCAGACAGUUUAUGAGAGAGGCGGCAGUUAGGUCUGGAAUAGCCGGGGACCAGUUACUGAUAGCACUUGAGCCUGGAAUGGCCUUGUUAUACUGUAACCAUCUUCCCAUAGAGAAACUGAAGUCUGAGGCGGGCGUCCAGGGAUUUGGUGCCUUUUCCAAGGGAAGCAAAUACCUAAUUCGGGAUUGUAGAAGUAAGUUUUUGUUUAAAUACCCUUAGGCCAGGCAAAGUGAA